AUGACAACUCGCACAAAUGUCAGCAUCUUCUUCACCUUGUAUGGGAUAUUAGGAGUGGAUGAAAAGGCUCAACUCUUGCUCACUUACCUUUGGCUAAAUUCUUGGUGGAUGAAUGAGCUUGUUGAAUGGGAUCCAGUCCAGUGCGGCGCAGAAAAGAUUUCUCUUCCCCGGAAGAAAUUUUGGGUACCAGAUAUUGUCAUCAAUGAAUUUAUGAAUGAAAACACAGCCCCCCCUGUUCCAUAUGUCUACCUGUACAGCAAUGGAAGGGUGCACGAUGCUCAUCCAGUCAAAGUUGUCAGCUCCUGUAACCUUGAUAUCUACACCUUCCCAUUUGACAUACAGAACUGUACUUUCACCUUCAACUCCUACAUCCAUUGGGCAAUGGACAUAAUGAUUUUCCUGGGAAAGACUGCAGAAAACAUCACAAAGCACUCCAAAAAUGUGAUGACCACCAUGGGGGAGUGGGAGCUGCUGGAAAUCACUGCCCACAAAUACAACCCGGGACAUGGUGAUAGUGACUAUAUUGAUGAGCUUGUAUUUCAUAUCAGAGUGAGACGGCGGGCCACCCUGUAUGUGGUGAACCUCCUGAUCCCCAGCUGUUUCCUCAUCACAGUGGACCUCUUCAGCUUUCUCCUGCCUCCCCAGACUGUGGAUCGAUCCUCCUUCAAGAUGACCCUCAUCCUGGGCUACACAGUCUUCCUGCUCAUCAUGAAUGACCUGCUGCCUAUCACUGGAAACACCAUACCUCUUUUAAAUGUGUUUUUCUCUCUCUGUCUGGCUCUGAUGGUGGCCAGUCUACUGGAGACUAUCUUCAUCACCAAUCUACUGUGCGGCUCUGCUGACUUCUCUCCUGUUCCUCACUGGAUCCGAGUUUUUGUUCUGCAGUUUCUGGGAUACAUGAAACCAAGCACUGUGAUGGCACAGCAAAAAGCUGAUGAAAGACCUUUAGAGGAGAUUGGGACAGCAGCAGAGGGCAUGGCCCUUCGGGAGCUGAAAAGCCUGGGCAGGGACCUCCAGGCCAUCCGUCUCCAGGUGGAACAACAGCAGGGUCAAAACCAGAGCUCGGAGGAGUGGAUCCAGGUGGGUUUCAUCAUAGACCGUCUGCUGUUUGGCCUCUACAUCUUCUUCAUAACAGUCAGCUUCAUUACCAUCUUGAUAAUCUGGGUGAACUCAUAUAAUCAGUAG